AACUCCCUCUCUCUCUCUCUCUCUCUCUCUUUCUUCGAGUCCUCCUCUUUCUAUCCUCACCUCCUUGUCCUUUGAUUCGGCGAAUAGGUUUUCAUUGGCUGUUUCUCUCUUUGAGCAAGAAAGCAAACUUACACAUACAAGCCCUUCUCUCAGCUAAUUUGCGAAUUAUUUGUUUCUCCAAGCUCCUUUCUCAUUUCGAUUUUGAAUGUGAUUCAGAUUCAUUGCACCCGGCUUUUCCUUCUUCACUCUUCACUCACUCAAUUUAGGGCUUUUCUCCUUCCCUCUCCUAAACCUCUCUAUACGAUUUAUUUCGUAAUUACUCGAUCUGAGCAUGGAAGGCCGAGAUUUAUCGUCGUCAACGGCAGCCCCUUCUUCCAACCGCGAAGGCUCUUUGACCACUGAUACUGACGAUGUUUUCCCUGCUACCGUUGCCCUUGCCAAAGAUGCUGACUUGCAUUUCCAGUCUGGCAAGUUCGCCGAAUGCGUGGAGUUUUUGAACCAGCUCCUGCUCAAGAAACCGGAUGAUCCCAAGGUCCUUCAUAAUAUUGCAAUUGCGGAAUUCUUUCGAGAUGGUUGUUCAGAUCCCCAAAAGUUGAUUGAAUUACUUAAUGGCGUCAAGAGGAAAAGCAAUGAACUUGCUCAGGCUUCUGGUGAACAAGGAGAGUCAGCUAACAAUAUUGGAAAUAAAGUUUUUUUGGGAUCCAAAGGAAGUAAUACUUUGGCACCUCAGUUUUCAGGUGCAAGUAGCACCAGUACGAUGUUUACAGAUGAAUUUGAUUCUUCUGUGGCAAUGCUAAAUAUUGCCAUCAUUUGGUUUCAUCUGCACGAGUAUUCAAAGACAAUAUCAGUUUUGGAACCCCUUUAUCAAAAUAUUGAACCUAUAGAUGAGACAACAGCUCUACAUAUUUGUCUUCUGCUGCUGGAUGCUAGCCUUGCUUGCCAUGAUGCAUCAAAGUCAGCUGAUGUAUUGACUUAUCUGGAAAAAGCAUUUGGUGUUAGCUGUGUGAGUCAAGGUGAUAACGUGAAUUCAGCACACCAACAAUCUGCUAACCUAAUUACAAAGUCUUCAUCUGUCUCAUCUAGUGCAUCAGUUGCUGAAGCAUCCAGUUCAGAUUUAGGUCCAAAUGUUAAUGCAUCUGAAAAUCAUCUAUCCAGAGCUUUAUCUGAUGAGACUUUUGAGUAUGAAGCCAUGAUAUUGGAUAUGGGUGGACAAAAUUUAGCAAGGCCAACUGGCCCAUCAUCAAAUGAUCAUUCAAGGGCUUUGGUGGAUCAGUUGUCUACUGUUGAGUUGAAGCUUAAAUUGCAACUUUACAAGGUUCGUUUUCUGCUUCUUACACGGAACUUGAAGCUAGCAAAACGUGAAGUCAAGUUGGCUAUGAAUGUUGGACGUGGAGGAGACUCGUCCAUGGCCCUGCUUUUGAAAUCUCAGCUUGAAUAUGCUCGUGGUAACCACCGCAAAGCAAUAAAGCUACUGGUGGCAUCAGGUAAUUGGGUUGAUGCAGCAUUUACAAGCAUUUUCGACAACAAUCUGGGUUGCAUUUAUUACCAGCUUGGGAAACACCAGACGUCGUCAUUUUUCUUCUCAAAGGCAUUAACUGCUUGUUCAUCUCUUAGGAAGGAGCAGCCACUAAAGCUAGCCACUUUCUCACAGGAUAACUCUCUCCUUAUUGUAUACAAUAGUGGCAUGCAGUACUUGGCUUGUGGAAAGCCAAUACUUGCAGCUCGCUGUUUUGAGAAGGCUAGUUUGAUCUUCUAUAAGCAGCCUCUGUUAUGGCUCAGACUCUCUGAAUGCUGUCUGAUGGCAUUGGAAAAGGGCCUAAUUACUGCAAGUGGUAUUCCGUCAGAUUCAUUGGAGGUUGGAGUUCGUGUUGUUGGGAAGGGAAAAUGGAGGCAACUUGCUGUGGAAGAUAAGAUUCCAAGAAAUGGACUUGCGAACUCAUCUAAAAGCGAUGAAUGUUGUCCAGGCAAUGAUAGACAGCCAAAGUUAUCCAUGUCUUUUGCUAGGAAGUGUCUCUUAAAUGCCCUACACUUGCUGGACUCCUACAGCACAAGUCUGAAGUCUGGCUUGCCUUCCAAUUCUUCCGUGGAGGAAAACAAUCCAGGUGAACACUCGUCUUCAAAGAAUUCAAAUAAUAAAAACUUACACGGCAUUGAUUCCAAGGGACUUUCAGUAUCGGUAGGUUUAGGUCAGGUUAAUUCAAACGGGGACACAAAAGAACAGAAGGGAGGAGGUAAUCAGGAGUUCAUUCAGAACUCUCUAACCUAUUAUGAAGACAUCUGUAAACGGGAAAAUCAAUUAAUUAAGCAAGCUACUCUUGCCAAUUUGGCUUAUGUUGAGCUCGAGUUGGACAACCCUGUGAACGCAUUGUCAGUUGCAAGAUCUCUGUUGGAACUUCCAGAAUGUCUCAAAAUUUACAUCUUUCUAGGCCAUGUUUAUGCAGCAGAGGCUCUCUGCUUGCUAAAUAGACCCAAGGAAGCGGCUGAACAUCUGUCAGUUUAUCUGUCACAGGCAAAUAAUGUUGACUUGCCUUUCAGCCUCGAGGACUGUGAUAAAUGGCAAGCGAGGAGGAUGGUUGAAAAUGAAGAGGUGAAUGGAGGAUCCACGACAGCAAAUAAUUCUUCCCUUGAGGACUCGCAAACUGUUGUUUUCCUCAAGCCAGAAGCGGCACGGGCAACACUUUAUGCUAAUUUUGCUGCGAUGUCCGCUUUGCAGGGUGAGUUUGAGCAAGCCCAUCAAUUGGUUACGCGGGCUCUAUCCAUUUUACCAAACAGUCUAGAAGCCACACUCACUGGAGUUUAUGUGGAUCUCUCGCUUGGUAAGCAACAAGAAGCUGUAGCCAAGUUAAAAAGGUGUAGCCGAAUUAAGUUCCUUCCUGGUGGAAUAACAUUGAACAAAUGUUCCUGAGUGUUGUAUUGACAGGUCACCGUGGCUGACCCACCUCAGCUUUAGUUAGAGGAUAGUUUAAUCCAUCCAUAGCAUUUGUAACAUAUAUAUAAGUUCUGUUCAGAGAAUAAGUUUUUUCGGUCCCUUUUUUUCCCCAUAUAAUUUUCAAAUUUAGGGUUCAUUCAUUGGUGGUGGCUGUGUUUUGGUUAGUGCUGAUGCCCGCCUGUGAAAUUUGAGUUGUAAUUCUGAUUCGGAUUGUGUUCUAGAAGCUAAUGUAGUUGAUAUUCAAGAUUAGAGGUCAAGUUCCUACAUUGAGAGAAAAAAAAACUGAAAAAUCGAUUUUUAUUUUGGAUUUCAA